CAGUGGAGUCGGUGCUGGCACCGUUACGUGUCCUUCGACGAACAGACUGUAAACCGGGGGCACACGAUUCUUGCAGACUUGCACGGUAACGAUCGUUGCAACUUGCAGGUCCUUAAAUCCGUCUCUUCUUACAGCGAAGCAUCAGAUUCGUUCCUCGCCUCCUCACCGUCUACUUCCUCGUCCAAAAAUGGCGGAGAACGGAACCAGCGUGGAGGAGAGCGAGGGGAACGGGGAAAGCGACAGAUUGGCGGACUCCCCCCAGGUCGAUAGAGGACUUCCUAGGGCAAAUACUAUGCCGGGUGGAAUAACAGAAUGUGCUGAAAAAUCAGAAGCUCCUUUACAAAAAGAGAACCUAGAAAGGUCAAGAACUGAGAAACGUAGACAGAAUCCCCAUGAAGACCCAACGGCUAAAUUGUUCAGUGAUAAGGUUCCUGAUAAAGAAAAGAUCAGGGUACUAAAUCGAAUAGCUACAGUCAAAGAUGAUGGAACUGUUGUUGUUGAGGUUCCUAGCAAUCUUGAAACUGCACACUCAGAAUUGGGGUCAGAGAAUCGAAAUGGUGAAGCGCCUGAUGAUGAGCCAUUUGAUUUGAUAGAUACCCAAUACCGACCUCCUAUGCAGAUAGUCAUCCUUAUUGUUGGUACACGAGGUGAUGUACAACCAUUUGUCGCUAUUGGAAAAUGCUUGCAGGAUUAUGGACAUCGUGUUAGACUAGCAACUCAUGCAAAUUUCAAGGAGUUUGUAUUGACUGCUGGCCUGGAAUUUUAUCCUCUAGGUGGAGACCCUAAGAUUCUUGCUGAAUAUAUGGUGAAGAAUAAAGGUUUCUUACCUUCUGCACCUUCGGAAAUAUCUAUCCAACGUAAACAGAUUCGGGAAAUUAUCUUUUCUUUGCUCCCAGCAUGCAAGGAUCCUGAUGUUGACACUGGUAUCCCUUUCAAAGCAGAUGCUAUAAUUGCAAAUCCACCUGCUUAUGGACAUACACAUGUGGCUGAGGCAUUGAACAUACCGAUUCACAUAUUUUUCACAAUGCCAUGGACGCCAACUAGUGAAUUUCCACAUCCUCUUUCCCGUGUCAAGCAACCUGCUGGAUAUAGGCUAUCAUAUCAAAUUGUCGAUUCAAUGAUUUGGCUUGGAAUACGGGAUAUGAUAAAUGAAUUCAGGAAAAAAAGAUUGAAACUGCGACCUGUGACUUACUUGAGUGGUUCACAAGCUUCUACUUCUGACAUACCUCAUGGGUAUAUCUGGAGCCCCCAUCUUGUUCCAAAACCAAAAGAUUGGGGCCCUAAAAUUGACGUGGUUGGGUUUUGCUUCCUUGACCUUGCAUCCACGUAUGAACCUCCUAAAGAACUUGUGGAAUGGCUUGGAGCUGGUGAAAAGCCUAUCUAUAUUGGGUUUGGUAGUCUUCCUGUUCAAGAACCGCAAAAAAUGACCGAGAUAAUUGUGGAAGCAUUGAAAAUAACUGGACAAAGAGGCAUCAUUAACAAGGGAUGGGGUGGACUUGGGAAUUUGGCAGAACCAAAGGACUACGUUUAUCUACUGGAUAAUGUUCCUCAUGAUUGGUUGUUCCUGCAGUGCAAGGCAGUGGUGCACCAUGGUGGAGCUGGAACAACAGCUGCUGGGCUUAAGGCUGCUUGCCCAACUACUAUUGUACCAUUCUUCGGCGAUCAACCUUUCUGGGGCGAUCGAGUGCAUGCUAGAGGGCUUGGACCACCACCCAUCCCCGUUGAACAAUUUUCGCUGCAAAAGUUGGUGGAUUCUAUAAGGUUCAUGAUGGACCCAAAGGUGAAGGAAAAUGCAGUAGAACUGGCUAAGGCUAUGGAAACAGAAGAUGGUGUUUCAGGAGCAGUGAAAGCAUUCUUAAAACAUCUUCCCAAAAAGAAGCCGCCCCAGGCUGCAGUUGAAGCACCGGGCAUAUUCGGUCCUUUGCUUGGCCCUUUUAGAAGAUGUUUUGGUUGUUCCUAAAUCUUCAUGUUCUCUCCCAGAUCGUGUAUAAAUUGGUCUCUCUCGGUUAUGUAAUUUUGUAUGUAUAAGGUUAUGGUUGUAUCAUCCUCUUUAUUUCCUAUCACAAGGUUAUUAUUCAUAAUGCUUGAUAUAAAGCACUGAUCGAACUCUUGUUCUAAACCCUAGUGCUCAUCAAUUUUCUUUAUCAAUCAUGGAUUUUCCCUUA